CUCGCUCCCGGCGGGGCCCCGCUCCCGGCGCGGAGGCGGCAGGUGCCCGGGACAUGCGGCGGCGGUAGGACGCGCGGCGGCGAUGGGCGGCCGGGGGCUGCCGGUGCCGCUGCUGCUGGGGCUGCCGCUGCUGCUGGGGCUGCCGGCGGCGGGGCGCGCCGCCUCCAAGGCGCCGGUGUGCCAGGAGAUCACGGUGCCGAUGUGCAAGGGCAUCGGCUACAACCUCACCUACAUGCCCAACCAGUUCAACCACGACACGCAGGACGAGGCUGGGCUGGAGGUGCACCAGUUCUGGCCGCUGGUGGAGAUCCAGUGCUCCCCGGACCUGCGCUUUUUCCUCUGCAGCAUGUACACCCCCAUCUGCCUGUCCGACUACUCGAAGCCGCUGCCCCCCUGCCGCUCCGUCUGCGAGCGGGCCAAGGCCGGCUGCUCGCCCAUCAUGCAGCAGUACGGCUUUGCCUGGCCCGAGAGGAUGAGCUGUGACAGCCUGCCGGUGCUGGGGGACACCGAGGUGCUUUGCAUGGGAUACAACCACACGGAAGCCACCACCCUGCCGCCUUUCUUCGGGAAGCCCACGCGCCCUGCCAAGGACAUGGCCAAAAACCUGACGCCACUCGAUGGGCAGCGCCUCUCAGGGCUGGACUGUGGUCAGACCUGCAAGUGCAAGGCACCCCUGAUCCCCAUCUCCAAGGAGUCCCAUCCGCUGUACAACCGCAUCAGGACUGGGAAGGUACUCAACUGUGCCAUCCCCUGCUACCAGCCCUACUUUACCCAGGAUGAGAAGACCUUCGCUACCUUCUGGAUCGGCCUCUGGUCCAUCCUCUGCUUCCUCUCCACCUCAACAACUGUGGCCACCUUCCUCAUUGACAUGGAGCGCUUCAAGUACCCUGAGCGCCCCAUCAUCUUCCUCUCUGCCUGCUACCUCUUCGUCUCCUUGGGCUACAUCGUGCGGCUGGUGGCAGGGCAUGCCAAUGUGGCUUGCAACCCGGAGCACCACCACAUCCAUUACGAGACCACAGGCCCUGCUCUCUGCACCGUGGUUUUCCUUCUCCUCUACUUCUUCGGCAUGGCCAGCUCCAUCUGGUGGGUCAUCCUGUCCCUCACCUGGUUCCUGGCAGCUGGCAUGAAGUGGGGCAAUGAGGCCAUUGCCAGCUAUUCGCAGUACUUCCACCUGGCUGCCUGGCUCAUCCCCAGUGCCAAAUCCAUUGCUGUACUGGCACUGAGCUCUGUGGACGGUGACCCAGUGGCUGGGGUUUGCUAUGUGGGCAACCAGAGCCUGGAGAAUCUGCGGGGCUUUGUGCUGGCUCCACUAGUGGUUUAUCUCUUCACCGGCAGCCUCUUCCUGCUGGCUGGCUUCAUCUCGCUCUUUCGCAUCCGCAGCGUGAUCAAGCAGGGCGGCACCAAAACUGACAAGCUGGAGAAGCUGAUGAUCCGCAUCGGCAUCUUCACCGUGCUUUACACCGUGCCUGCCACCAUUGUCAUCGCCUGCUACAUCUACGAGCAGCACAACCGGGAGGCCUGGGAGCAGGCGCAGAACUGCUCCUGCCCGGGGGACGCUCACCGCCCCAAGCCUGACUAUGCUGUCUUCAUGCUCAAGUACUUCAUGUGCCUUGUGGUGGGGAUCACCUCUGGCGUUUGGAUCUGGUCUGGCAAGACACUCGAGUCCUGGAGGCGCUUCAGCACCCGCUGCUGCCGGGCCAGGAAGCCCGUGGGCGCCUCUGUGUACGGUGAGGCCAGCCCAGCACUGGUGGGCAGGACGGUGCUGCCCAGUAUGGCCUCCUACCACAAGCAGGUCCCACUGUCCCAUGUGUGACCAGAGGGAGCCUCGGUGACCCCAGCCACAGCGAGGAGAGGGUUGAGAAGACCCUGGGCCACAGAAGACGGGGGUGACAGCUGGGCCACCCCUGGCAUCUUCAGUCCCAACGUGGUGGUGCUGCCUGGGACCACGGGCACAGAGCAUCUGCAGUGCCAGGCAGGGCAGGAAGAGGUGCUGCCAACUAUGUGGAGGCAGAGGGACAGGGUGGUCUGGAGCCUGGCACUGCCAUGUAUGCCCCAUUUGGGGUCCCACAUCCUGGUUGGGGUCCUGGGAUGCUGUUGCCUGUGGGCCAGUCAGGUGGCCGUCGGUCCUCAAGCACUGAUUUGUGUCCCACAAUGAGCCUCUGGGCAGGUCUUGCUGGUUCCAGGGUGAAAGGCAGAGCUGUAGCAGGCAGGGCAGAUGGUGGCCCCCAACCUCAGGUGGGGGCUGGCACUGCCACUGAGCCCCUCAUUAAAGCCCAGAGAGUGGGUCGGGGAGAGCUAGCAGGAGGUGCUGCUUCCCUGGGUGCCCUGGGCAGAGCAGACUGCCCUCAGUGCCCCCAGAGCCCCCAGGCACACCACAUAUUG